AUGGAAAUUUUUGCUUAUGGAACUUUAAAUGAUUACGAAACAAUCCGUAAAGAUCUCCCUAAAGAAUAUCAAUUCGAAUCAGAUAGUAUUGCAUUAAAUAAGCUAAAAUCUCUUACAAUCCUCUCAAUAAUGCAAGAUAAAAUAGAAUAUUCAUUUAACCAGUUAAAAGAAGAUCUAGGUAUUGAUAACACAAUUUCAGCCGAAGAUUUGAUUACUGAUUUAAUGAGUGCAGGGCUCUAUACUGGUAAAAUUGAUGAAUUAAACGGGACAUUCACUUGUGAACGUGUUGCUUCAAGAUGCGUGCCUAAUAAUCAAGAAAAUAUUUCAGAAAUUAUUAAUGAUCUUAAAGAAUUUCAGUCAAAAAUAAAGAAUGUUAUUCAAUAA